UCACAGUCAUCCCGCAUUCGUUCUAUAUCUUUCUCUUCCCCUCCUUUAUCAGGAAGGGCAGGGCGUAGGCAUUACAACCCUCUCUGUCUCUGUCUCUGUCUCUCUCUCUUCCAACUUUUCUUUCGUUCAGAAAGUUAGCAUUUUGUUUUCUUCUUUUCCAACGUUCCCGAAAUGGGUUCCAAGGUCUGGCUGGUCUUCCUUCUCUUGGCCUUGGCAAUGGUGGCCGAGUCCACCACGUUUCACGAGGCCAGCUGGGGUCUCACCCAUUUUGGCAACGACGAACUAAGUUCAUGCAUUGACGGACAGUGUGAUGUUGAAGAUCUCACCGAGACAUUGAUGGAUUCCGAGAUAAAUCGUCGCCAACUUGCUCAGAAAAGAUACAUUAGCUACGGUGCCCUUAAGGCCAACUCAGUCCCAUGCAACCGUCGUGGAAACUCCUACUACAACUGUCAGAACAAGAAAAGAGCUAACCCUUACAACCGUGGUUGCAGCGCCAUUACCCAUUGCUAUAGGUACACUAGUUGAAGAGAAAGUUCACCCGAGAGAGAGAAACCCCCAAAAACAAAAUUUCUCGAGUCAUCGAGCUUGCAAUAUUUCCUCCUCUAAAUUCCCUUCUUCUUCUUCUUAACUAAUUCUUUCUUGUUAAACAAAGUUAUCAUUUGUAUUUUGGCUUGUUUUUGGUCAUAAAUAUAUGUUCCAUAUGUGUUAAAA